AUGGCACCUGCAUUCCGCUUGUCUCUUAAAGCCAAAGUGACAGACAACAUGAGUCACUUAAUGGUGGAUUUCACCCAGGAGAGAAGCCUGUUGCAGAACCUGCACUUUCUGCCUGUCCCUAGCACACCAGAAAUAAUAGUCCCAGACUGCUGUGUGGUUAAUAACAGCAUAUCCCUUGUAUGGAGCAUGCCAGACGGCGAGGACAGUGGAAUCCAGCACUAUGUACUCGAGCAUCGAAAAAACAACUUUCCUGGACCACCUCGUGCUAAGGAAGAACAGCCAUGGAUGGUAGUUGAGGGAAUACAGGGCACUGAGCACACACUGACCAGUAAGAGAAACAGAUUUUCUCGACAAGAUAAUGGAAACAACUAGUGGGUUGGGGGUUGGUUGUAAA